AUGUCCGACCUUUCUCAAAAAUUCGAGAGAGAUGGUUUUGUGGUGAUUGAGAAUGUGUUCAACGAUGAGGAAAUCGAGGAAAUGAAGGGUGCAAUUGGCAAAAUUGUGGAUGACAUGAAUCUGGCGGAGCACCCAAAGAGUGUGUUUUCAACGUAUGAUGAGGAUAAGUUUGUCUUCAACAUUAUCAACAAAAAAAAAUUAUGGAGAGCUGAGAAACGUGUUGGGUCGUGA